UCUUUUCCCCCUCUGUGGUCCAACCUGCUUGUAUGCAACUUUUUACUCCUCCAAUCUUCAUUUUAACAUGGAACAGUUGAUGACGGGCCAAGAUUUGAUUUCUCAUGGUCUGAGGUCUCUGCUUCGUUCAUGCUUCAUCCUCUUCUUGUCCAUCAACGGGUCGAUUGGGAUCUCCUGCUACACCACUCUGGAGUCUGUGGAUUUAGGAUGCCUCCUGCGGUGGGAUUGUCCCAAAGCCAGUCCUAAUACAACCUUCAGCGUGCAGACGAAGAAGCCGGGGGACCCAUGGAGGGAUGUUUCGUGGUGCAUUUGGGUGUCUUCUCGCACUUGUGACGUGUCCCAGGCGGUCUCCAACUUUGAGGGGUACAGCAUGAUGCGCGUGGGGGUGCACCUCAGCCCCAGCACCACCGUGUGGAUGAAACCGCGCAAGUUCGACUACACAGACUUUACCUUCAGUGCGCCCUCCUUGUCCUUGUCUCUACAAGAAGAUCAGCUGCUGGUCAAGGUGCAGUUCCCGUGUGCGACCAGCAGGCGGUGCUCUGCGCGACGCUGCUGCCCCAUCACGGAGCUCAUCGACCCCUUGACCACCGUGACGCUCUACAACAAACUCAGCGAGUACCAGAGCCGUACAGUCUGGACCUAUGAGACCUUAUCCUUCGUGGUGUUCUCUGGUUUAGCUGCAGGUCAGAACUACUGUGCUGUGGCCUACUUCUCUUUCCCCAACAUCAACAUGACCUCCUCCCCCAUGUCCAGCCCUCAGUGCAUCCAGACUGUGUCCUAUACAGGACUGGUGCCUCUGGUGGCCAUAGGGGGCGCUCUGAGCCUGCUGCUACUGCUUCCUCUUUGUGGAGUGUUUCUAUGGCGACGAAGACCAGCCGGAGCCUCACCAGCCCCCAGCAGUCAGCCCCAAUCACCGCCACCUAUCCACGAACCCGUCUCCUUGGUCCCCUUCUCCAUGGUUCCUGUCAACCUUGAGGAUGUUCACAUUGAAGUCAGUUAUAAAGAGUCCUCAGAGUCCGCCUCAACCUCCAGUCUGCACUCCACCCCUACCUCACCCAGGCUCACCUCAAAGGAGCUCCAGUCCAGGGCUCUGUACUGGGACAGUGGUGGGACCAUUGACAGUAUGAAAAACAACACUGCAGCACAAUUAGUCACUAUGAAGGCAUUAGACUUGUCAACUAAGCCUUAUAUAGACCAGCAUUUGUUGUAAUGGAAUGGAAAAGUAAAUUGAAAAACAUUUUUGGAUUACAUGUUAUUGUAUAUUAACGUUCUAAAAGUUUGAAUUGCUGUUUAAUUGCUGAUGGGCUGAUUCCUUUGGCAGAGAUGAGUACAGGUGGAGGAGAGUCUUUGUUCCAAAUGACGGAGUUCAUGAUCUCGGGCGGAUGUGAGAUGGACUGGUGGAUCUGUUGUGGUAAAGAAGGAGCUGAGUCCAAAUUCAAAGCUCUCAAUUACCCGGUCAAUCUACGCUCCUGCCCUCACCUGUGAUCAUGAGCUUUGGGUAAUGACCAAAAGGACAAGAUCGUGGAUAAAAGCCAUUGAAAUGAGUUUCCUCUGAAGGGUGGAUGGAUUCUCCCUUAGAGAUAAGCUGGUUCGCAUGAGAGGAAAUUUUAGUACAGCUGGUCCUCCUCCACGUCCAGAGGCGCCAGCUGAGGUGGCUUGAACAUCUUUCUGGAUGUCUCUUGGUGUUCUGAGCAUGUUCCUCUGACAGAGCCAUGAUGCCAAUGAAGGAGCCUCUCCAGCAACAGUGGUGCCCUGUGCUCUCCUCUGUAUCUGCCCCCGCUCCACUGUUUCUGCCAGGAGUUUCUGUUCAUUUAGCUCUCUGCUCCAGCGCCUGUCCAAAGGCGCGUGCAGCCCCACACGUGGACCUCGCUCUAUCAGUUUGUUUGUGUCUGACUCACCACUGCCUUUGCUCUGGGGCUGAUGGCUUCAGUUUGCCUCUGUUUUGCUGGGUUUGCACUCUUUCUGCAACAUUGGGGAACUUUAAGUAUGAUUCCAACCACUUUUUGACUCCGUCUGUGCAGAAGCUCCAUCUGUGAAACUGAAGAAAACAUUUCCACACUACAACACAAACUAUGGAUUCAGUUGUUAAAGAGAUGUUUAAAAUAAACAAAACUAAUUUCUAA